AUGAUUGGGAUUAUUCAUUCAUUAUCGCACAUCUUUUUGCUAAGAGCAAAUAGAGCCAAAAGUGUCGUUCCAGCAGAUCCGGCUCGGGAUGCACGUCGUCGAGGUCUUAGCCGUUGGGAUGGCAGGACCGUGGAGGACGAAAGCUAUUAUGAUAAAAAUGGAGUCCCUUCUUCCUUGAAGCCGCCAGACAUGCUUUCUGAUCGCAAAAGAGCCUCCUUUUCUGUAUGGCGCCUUUUCAGCCGCAUGUUGACCUGCUUGAUCCCUUCAUGCUGCCUUUCUAAAUGCGGAGGCCUGCGAGACCAAGGGAUGCAACAAGCCUGGCGUGAAAAGGUUGCCUUGUGUAUGCUGAUAUUUUUUGGGUGUCUUGCCCUUGGUUUUUUACAAUUUGGGUUCACCACUUUUGUGUGUAGACCCCCUGCAUUUAUAUACAAGCAUUCCGAGGUAAAGACCAAGACGAGUGGAAAAAAUAGAUGGUUCAUCAUUAGAGGAACCAUUUACAAUGUGCCCUUCAAAUAUAACCCCUACUCUCAUUCCGACGUCCCUUAUGAUGUGUAUUCAACAUUUGCGGGGUCUGACGUUUCUCCAUUUUUCCCACCACAUCCCUCCUCAGCGUGCGCUGCAGCCGGGAUAGUCUCUGGGGGCUUGGAGUGUACCGUUAAAGGUAGUGAAGUUACCUUUUGCCACAGCCCUUCAAUAAUUUCCAAAAUGGAUAGGGUUGGCACGGUCACAUGGAAUUGGAACGAGAUCGAGGCCUCUGAUUAUCUCAUUGCAUACAACGGGCUUGUUUUGGACGUUAGUUCGUACCUCGACCAAAUACCUAUCUCCUCUCCAACACCGUAUGGGAAAAAAAUCGAUUCGAUCUUUCGAUCUUCUGUUGGUGGUGACGCAACCAAGGCCAUAUCCACCCUGUCUCGUGAUGAAAUACAAUGCCUUUUGGAUGAGUUUGGUGCAGGCACCGUUGACGUAAAAUCGGUUGGCUGUAUUUUGACUGACGUGAUCCUAUAUUUAUCGCUUGUUGCUAUUCUUGCCGUGAUUUUUGUCAAAUUUAUUUUGGCCGUCACUUGGACAUGUUGCAUGUCCAAAAAGUUCUCUUCCAAGGGUUUGGAGCGGGUCAUCAAAAAAGACAUUCCCUUUGAAACAAAUCCACAUCCUAUUGGCGGUUCCUUUGAUGAUAAUCCGAUGUAUUCAAUUCUAGUGGUCACAUGUUACUCUGAAGAGGAAACUGGUCUUCGCACGACCAUCGAAUCUUUGCUCGAAUCUGACAUCCAUGACUCUCAUAAGCUUCUUUUUGUCGUUGCAGAUGGUCUAAUUACGGGGUCCGAUUGGAUGCCCGAGGCUUUUUCCUAUGUGGCAAUUGCUGAUGGAGAAAAAAGGCACAAUAUGGCGCGGAUUUAUGGAGGGCAUUUUUGCUCAAAUGGGCACCGUGUUCCGGCCGUUGUUGUUGUCAAAUGUGGCACCCCCAACGAGGCUACUCAACCUAAGCCUGGAAAUAGAGGAAAGCGAGAUUCUCAAAUUCUGCUUAUGAACUUCCUAAGCAAAGUUCUUUUUGGCGACAGAAUGACGCCUCUUGAGUAUGAUCUGUAUAGAAAAAUCCGAUACCUGACGCACAUCACUGCUGACAAGUAUGAAGCUGCUCUUUGUGUGGAUGCCGAUACCAAGGUUGAGCCUGAUGCACUUAGGAACAUGCUUUCCGUACUUAGACUCGAUCCCACCGUCAUGGGUUUAUGCGGCGAAACCAGAAUUGCCAACAAAGGAGCUUCCUGGGUCACUGCAAUCCAAGUUUUUGAAUAUUUUAUCUCGCAUCAUUUGAACAAAUCCUUCGAAAGUGUAUUUGGUGUCGUUACCUGCUUGCCUGGCUGUUUUUGCAUGUAUAGAAUCAAAGCCCCUAAGGGGCUUCCCGGGUGCUAUGUCCCCAUUCUCGCAUCUCCCGACAUUAUUGAUUCUUAUGCAGAAAAUGUAACCGAUACGCUCCAUAAGGUAGGCCGCCAACUUUUAAUGUUCUCACAGAAAAACUUGCUUCUUCUGGGUGAAGAUCGAUACUUGACUACACUUAUGUUAAAGACAUUUCCCAAACGCAAGAUGCUUUUUAUUCCAAAAGCCAAAUGUCGUACUCAAGUUCCAGAUACUUUUAGUGUAUUGCUCUCCCAAAGGAGGCGAUGGAUCAACUCUACUGUGCAUAAUUUAUUUGAAUUGGUUCUGGUAAACGAUCUUUGUGGGACUUUUUGCUGUUCCAUGCAAUUUAUCAUCUUCAUGGAGCUUUUGGGAACCCUUGUCCUGCCAGCGGCCAUAGUGUUUACGGGCGUUCUGAUCACGACAAGUAUCAUCGGAGAUCUUCAGUACAUUCCUCUUGGGCUUUUGAUAGCCAUUCUCGGCUUGCCUGCCUUCUUGAUUUUUUUUACUCGUUCAUCUCUUAUUUAUGCCUGGUACAUGCUUUGCUACCUGAUUGCCCUGCCUAUUUGGAACUUUGUAUUACCGGUGUAUGCAUACUGGCAUUUCGAUGAUUUUUCGUGGGGUGAAACUCGUAAAAUAGAAUCCGCUACAAAGGAUAAAGCUCAUGGAGACAAGGAGGGUGUCUUCGAUUCAUCCCAAAUAUUCAUGAGGCGCCUCGAGGAAUAUGAGGCCGAAAUUGCGACUUCUGUUGUAAACUUUUGCAGCUCAUCUGGAAAGGGGCUUGCCUCCCUUGAAAUUCUGCACCAAGAAUAUCUUGUUGAUAGGCUUGAGGAUGGUUUUGAAGGGGAAGACUUUUCUUCCAAAGUAUCAUCCCUCUCUGUUGGUUAA